GGCUAAGAAGGUCAUAGACAGAAAAAGUUCUGAAAACUCCAGGACAAAUGGGAGUCUUCCACCCACAGGUAGGACAGAUUAUUGCCCCCUCCGUGGGUGGCUCUCCCAUCAAUUCCCCAAACAGCAAAUCUUCCAAAGGGCAAAUCUGAUCUUGUCAUCCCUCCUUAGAACCAUUUUAUUGUCAUCUAAAUGUAAUCCAAUUUCUUAUAAGGCUACAAGGUCCUGCUGGAUCUGGCAUCCUGUCACCCCAGGGCUCUCUGACUGCGCUCCAUCUCCAGGCCUCGUGAGGCCAGGAUGUCGCCUCUUCCAGGAAGCCUUCCCAGGCUGCCCAGGAACGGUUAGGGGCCCCAGUAGCGUAGGUGCCUGGUUUUUGGCCUAUUGCCCCACAAUCGAGCUCCCAGAUUCGACAGAGCAGAGGCCGCAUCCCCGCCGCCCGGGGUCUCUGCGCUGGGUCGGGACGUUUUGGGGCCAGGAUUCAGCGACCUCCCUAAGCUGUCCGCCAGUUCUGUCAUUCUGUCCCGGCUCGAAGCUGGUUCUGGCCUGGAGCAGGGCUGCUGACUGGGACUGGCUAAUUUGGGGGGCGCGGCCGGAUCCUUGAGAGGAUGAUGACGAAAAGGAGCGCGUAUUUCUCUAAGGCAGAGGACUCGCUCGGGACCGUGCCCCUCAUAAACAUGAAUGAAGCUCUCCGCCCCGCCCCGGGGCCUGCCCCUCACAAGGAUGGCGUCCCGCAGAUUCUUAUUGGUGCCGGUGGGCUUGUUGGGAAACGCUGAGUGGCGGAGGGCGGAGGCGAGUCGGGGGCGGAGCCAGGCGAGGGGCGUGGAGUAUUCGGUCCGGGCCUAGCGUGCCGCCGCUUGCAUCUCUACUAUGUCGCGGGCACGCUGCCACCUGCGCGCGGCUCUCUUCCUGGCAGCGGUUUCUUCGCGUGGUGCAACAACCGGGGUCGCAGCGAGGCGAGUAUUGAGCGCGUGGCCUGCGCCACAGGAGCCCGGCAUGGAGUAUCAGGAUGCUGUGCGCACACUCAACACCCUGCAGACCAAUGCCAACUACCUGGAGCAGGUGAAGCGCCAGCGGGGUGACCCCCAGACACAACUGGAAGCCAUGAAGUUGUACUUGGCACGGAGUGGGCUGCAGGUGGAGGACUUGGACCAACUGAACAUCAUCCACAUCACUGGGACCAAGGGGAAGGGCUCCACCUGUGCCUUCACUGAACGUAUCCUCCGAAGCUAUGGCCUGAAGACGGGAUUCUUUAGCUCUCCCCACCUGGUGCAGGUGCGUGAGCGGAUCCGAAUCAAUGGGCAGCCCAUAAGCCCCGAGCUCUUCACCAAGUACUUCUGGCGCCUCUACCACCGGCUGGAGGAGACCAAGGAUGACAGCAGCUGUGUCUCCAUGCCUGGCUACUUCCGCUUCCUCACACUCAUGGCCUUCCAUGUCUUCCUCCAAGAGAAGGUGGACCUGGCAGUGAUGGAAGUGGGCAUCGGCGGGGCUUACGACUGCACCAACAUCGUCAAGAAGCCUGUGGUGUGUGGGGUCUCCUCUCUUGGCAUCGACCACACUGGCCUUCUGGGGGACACGAUGGAGAAGAUUGCAUGGCAGAAAGGGGGCAUUUUUAAGUGUGGCAUCCCCGCCUUCACCGUGCUCCAGCCUGACGGGCCCCUGGCAGUGCUGAGGGACCGCGCUCAGCAGAUCUCAUGUCCCCUCUACCUGUGCCCACCACUAGAAGCCCUGGAGGAAGGGGGGCCACUGCUGACCCUGGGCCUGGAGGGGGAGCACCAGCAGUCCAAUGCCGCCUUGGCCUUGCAGCUGGCUCGCUGCUGGCUGCAGCAAAAGGGCUACCAGGAUACUGGAGAGCUGAAGGCAUCCAGGCCAAGCCUCCUGGGGCAGCUGCCCCUGGCACCUGUGUUCCAGCCCACGUCCCACAUGCAGCAUGGGCUUCGGGACACGGAGUGGCCGGGCCGGACGCAGUUGCUGCGGCGGGGGCCCCUCACUUGGUACCUGGACGGCGCGCACACCACCAGCAGCAUGCAGGCCUGCGUGCGCUGGUUCCGCCAGGCGCUGCACAGCCGAGAGAGGCCGGGCGGAGGGUCUGAGGUGCGUGUCUUGCUCUUCAACUCUACUGGGGACCGGGAUUCGGCGGCCCUGCUGAAGCUGCUGCAGCCCUGCCAGUUUGACUAUACCAUUUUCUGCCCUAACCUGACAGAGGUGUCAUCCACGGACAAUGCAGACCAACAGAACUUCACAGUGACCCUGGACCAGGUGCUGCUCCGCUGCCUUGCACACCAGCAACACUGGAGCCGCCUGCACGAGGACCAGGCCAGCCCGGAGGCUGGUGGGCCUGCACCCCUGCUGCUGGCACCCCGCCCAGCCCACACCCACAGCACCAGCUCCCUCGUCUUCAGCUGCAUUUCCCACGCCUUGCAGUGGAUCAGCCAAGGCCGGGACCCUGUCUUUCAGCCAGCCAGUCCCCCACGGGUCCUCUUUGCCCACCCUGUGGCAGGCAGUGGGGCCAUCGUCCUCCAGGAGGCUGCCACCAUCCACGUGCUGGUCACAGGCAGCCUGCACCUGGUGGGCGGCGUGCUGAAGCUGCUGGAGCCCUCCCUGUCCCAGUAGCCGAGGCAGUGGGGUUGGAGGUGGGGUUCCCCCACACCUGCCCUGCAUUUCACCAUGAACUAAAUUACGUGCUUUUCGUG